CUUUUCUCCAUCUCUCUCUCUCUCCUUCUCGCCAACGCCGUCGAUUUCUAGGGUUCCGGCGAUGAUCCAGCUGCUUUUCACGCUGCUCGCGUCGGAGGUGGCGGUGGUGUUCUUGCUGCUAUUCAAGACGCCGUUCCGGAAGCUCGCUGUGUUGGGUCUUGAUCGAGUGAAGCGUGGCCGUGGACCAGUUAUGGCCAAGACCGUCGCUGGUACCAUCUUCAUCGUAUUGGGUUCUAGUGUCUAUAGUAUGUCGAAGAUCCGGGAGCGAUCGUCGGAGAUCGGAUCUCUUACGCCUACCGAUCAGGUCCUCAUGAGCCGCCACCUCCUUGAAGCUUCUCUUAUGGGAUACUCCCUAUUUCUUGCACUUAUAAUCGACCGGUUGCAUCAUUAUAUCAGAGAGCUAAGGGGACUGCGAAAGAACGUAGAGGCUGUGACAAAACAGAAUCGGGCAUUAGAAGAAGCAAAAAACGGGAGUUCAGAGGAGAGCAAAGCAAAAGAAAAGCAACUCUCGGAAUUGCACGAGAAAGUAAAACAACUGGAACUCGACUCAGAAUCAAGAUUAAACGAGGCAAAGGCAGCAGAAGCAAAUGCUUUUGCUUUGAAAAGGCAAUCCGAAGAUUUCCUUCUUGAGUACGACCGUAUGCUGGAAGAAAAUCAGAAUCUUCGGAGCCAAUUGGAAUCAAUCGACCGUCUUUUAUCACAUACUGAUAGCAAGAAGAGCAGUUGACUGCAUUCUUGCCUCUUCUCGAUCCGUAAUGAGUUAUAAUGCAUUCGACCUUGCUAUUCUUCUAAUGCAAUUAGUUGUGCCUUUGUAGAUGUAUUGAUAAGUGUGUUUUAAGUGUGUGUUUUUUCUCUGGCAGAGUUUUAGUUUUGAACUGCUUGCUUUUAAAUGUUUUAUAUACCUCACUGUAGAUUCAGUGGAUUAUAAAAUAAGAUGUUUUCAGGAAA